GGUUUUGUUUGUGCGCGUGCGCGGGGGUGGAGCCCGCCCUCACUUCCGGGCGGGCCGCGCGGCGGCUGGCCGAAGGCGGUGGUGGCACCUCGCCCAUGUCGGCGCCGUUCGAGGAGCGGAGCGGGGUGGUGCCCUGCGCCACCCCCUGGGGCCGCUGGUACCAGACCCUGGAGGAGGUGUUCAUCGAGGUGCGCGUGCCGCCGGGCACCCGCGCCCGCGACGUGCGCUGCAGUCUGCGGAGCCGCCACGUCGCCCUCGCCGUGGGGGGCGAGGAGGUGCUGCAGGGUAAACUUUUUGACUCUACAAUAGCUGAUGAAGGAACAUGGACAUUAGAGGACAGGAAAUUGAUACGAAUUGUUCUAACAAAGACAAACCGAGAUGCUGGAAAUUGUUGGACGUCUCUGUUAGAAAAUGAAUAUGCUGCUGAUCCUUGGGUACAGGACCAGAUGCAAAGGAAACUUACGCUGGAGCGAUUCCAAAGAGAGAACCCUGGAUUUGACUUCAGUGGGGCAGAAAUUUCUGGAAAUUACAGCAAAGGAGGACCAGACUUUUCUAGUCUUGGAAAGUAGACUGUUUUCACCUAUGUUCUUUGAGAGGAAUUAUACAAUGCACUUAAGGACUGGAUUACAUAACUGGUGAAGACUUCAGUGAUCUAUUCAGCAGAACGUUGGCGAUUACUUAUUUCUAUGAGAGAAGCUAUUUUCCGGUAGAAUCAAGACAAAGUGUUAGCAGCUGAUUUUUUAAGCUGUGAUAACUUCCUAAUAUUAUGGACAAAAUACACAAAAAGAUCUAUUCUUAAAAAAAAAAAAGCCAACAGCUUUAAGUUGAGUAUCUUUCUUUUCUUAUGUUGUAUUAAACUAGUCAGUUACAAAUAUAACAUUUGUCUUUAUGUGAGAAUGUCACCUUAUUAACUUGUGAAGCAUUUUAGGAAGGCUACAGUUAGUUCUCUAAGAAUUUGUAAACUUCACUCUACAAUAGUGAUUUGAAUAAAAAAAACAUAUAGCAUCUUGCAGCACAUAAGGGUUUAUAAUCCAUUGUGUCGUCGAUUAUAGAACUAAUGUUUAAUCUUACCUACUAGGUAAGUGAUACCAGAAGACAGACAGGUCAGGUGAAAGUGUGUAUGUAAAUAAUUUUGUGCUAAUGUAAUAUAUCCUUUCCAUAUAAAUAUUUGAAAUUUGGAAGUGAGCGGAAUAUUGAUGACUUUUGAAAUGACAGAAUACACAAACUAUUAAAGAAGGAAAAGUCCCAAAGCAGGAAAUAGUAUUUUACAUCUAUUCAUGACCAACAUAUAGCACCAGCUGCUUAUUAGGUAUCUAAGAAUAUGCAGUUGUAGAUUUCCGUAAAUAUAGUUUUAAAGUUAGUAGCCAAAUUUUAAACUUGGUUAUUGCCAAGAUCUAGUAUUUUGUAUUUGGAAAUUAUGCAUCAACAUUUUCUACUCAUUCUUAAGGUUGCAACCGAGAACCACUCCAAGAACAGCAUUAUCAAGUGCUAAUAUUGUGUCAAAUGGACUAACAGAGGAAGAAAGCAUUAUUGCUGAUGCUUGUUAACUACUGUUAAGCUCUGAGCAGAAGUCUCUUCACUGAAGAUAAAUUGCCACAAACUGUGAAUGCAUUGCUGAGCCUUAUUUUACAAUUACAUCAUUAUUUCAGUUGGCAUAUGACAAAAAUAAAACAAUAGUUGGGGA